AUGAGCUUUUCGUGGGCGCAGCUUCUCACCUCGCCAUGCUACACUGAGCUUGGCUGGCGCCCAAGCACGAGCCUCAUCCCUUACUUCCAAGGUGCUCUGGUAUUCAUGACCGUCGUAUACUUGUUCGAGACGUACCUCGAUGUCCGUCAGCACCGAAAACUGCACGAGACAUGUUUUCCCGAGCCUUUAAAAGAAGCGAUUCAAGGGUUGGGGCAGUAUACUUCUGUCAAGUCAAAGCGAUACUUAGCGGAGGACAAAUCGGACCACGCCACAAGCUCCGCACGAACCGAACCAGAAACCUCAUUGCUUGCUGCAACUGUGGCGAAAUUCGAUUCCAGUCGAGCUUAUGGCCUGGAUAAGAGCACCUUUGGCUUGCUGAGUGGCGCGUACAAGCAACUGGAAGCCACGCUGUUACUUGUCCUUGGGUAUCUUCCUUUUAUGUGGACACUGAGUGGUCAAGCUUUAACGGCUUUAGGUCUAGGGACGGAGCACGAGAUCUACCGCGCUCUGAUGCUGUUGACGCUCACGAGUGUGCGGGAUACCAUUGUGGACAUUCCUUUCGGCUUGUACUCGACGUUUGUGGUGGAAGCUCGUCACGGGUUCAAUAAACAGACGCUUGGACUCUUUCUCAUGGACAAGCUCAAGGGCUUUGGGCUUUUUGUUGCCAUCGGGUACCCUGUGACGGCAGUGCUGAUCUACGUGAUCCGGUGGGGAGGCGAGUACUUUUACAUGUACGUCUGGGCCUUCCUCUUUGUCUUUUCCGUCGUCAUGAUGACGCUCUACCCCGUGCUGAUUAUGCCGCUGUUCAACAAGUUCACGCCACUGGAAGAAGGCGAACUCCGCACGCGGAUUGAAGCACUGGCAGCGAGUCUGAAGUUCCCGCUGACCAAGCUCUUUGUCACAGACGGCUCCAAGCGCUCGAGCCAUAGCAAUGCUUACUUCUUCGGGCUUUUUAAGAGCAAGCGCAUUGUGCUGUUUGACACGCUCUUGGAGCAAGCAACGCAUGACGAGAUUGUUGCAAUUCUGGGUCACGAGCUUGGACACUGGCAGCUAUGGCACACUGCCCAGGGCUUUGUGAUCCAGCAAGUGUACACUUUGGCCUCGUUUUAUAUGUUUGGCCUCUGCAUGAACAACGCUGAGCUUUUCGCGAGCUUUGGGUUCGCGGGUGACUCGGCCAAGCCUGUGAUUAUCGGGUUUCUGCUGUUUUCGCAGACCAUGUGGGCUCCAGUCGAGCACGUGCUGUCGUUCCUGAUCACUUUGAACACGCGCAAGAACGAGUUUCAGGCGGAUGCAUUUGCAGUGGACCUUGGAUUUGACGCUGCGUUGAAGUCGGGACUCACAAAGCUUGCGAUCGAGAAUCUGUCCAACAUGAACCCGGACACGCUGUACAGUGCCUACCACUACAGCCACCCGCCUCUCGUGGAGCGUCUGAAUGCAAUUACGACGCGUGCCAAGAAGUCGCAGUAA